GCAGCAGUGUGUCAUUAAUGUCUCGUAGAGCAGGUCUGCGUGAUCGUGACAUAUGCUUCCUUUUAUUACAAGAGAUUAUGAAAGAACACAUCAUUCGUUUGGCAAUUAUGCUUGCAUAUUAUGUUAAGGCUAAAUCCAAAAAAAGAAUUCGUGGUGACACGGCACUAACAUACGAGCUUGUAAGUAAGAUCCCCAAUCAAGAAAAACAUUUAAGUCGUUUGAUUGGUCUAAAUGACGUAGAUUGUAUUUCAAACCUACGUAUGGAUCGACGAACAUUUGGUAGACUUUGUGUGAUUUUACGUGAGAGAGGGGGUCUAGUGGAUGGCAGAUUUGUUACUGUUGAAGAACAAUUAGCAAUGUUUCUUUCAAUAUUAGCACACCAUAAAAAAAAUCGAGUUGUGAGAUUUGAUUUUUGGAGAUCCGGCCAAACAAUCUCGCAUUAUGUCCAUGCUGUUUUAGGGGCCAUUAUACGUGUGCACGAUCUCUUUUUAGCCAAGCCUCAGGCUGUUCCUGACGACUGUACAGAUCAACGGUGGCAGUGGUUUAAGGGCUGUUUAGGUGCGUUAGAUGGCACUUACAUCAGUGUCAUGGUGGGCAGCGAGGAUAAGCCCCGGUAUAGAACAAGGAAAGGUCAAAUAUCAACAAACGUUCUUGGCGUUUGUGAUCGAAACUUAAAUUUCAGUUACGUCCUAACGGGUUGGGAAGGUUCGGCAGCUGACUCCCGAAUACUAAGAGAUGCCAUAAACCGGCCUCAUGGUCUAAAGGUGCCAAAGGGAAAAUACUAUUUGUGUGACAAUGGUUACGCGAAUAGCGAAGGUUUUCUAACGCCUUAUAAAGGUGUUAGAUAUCAUUUGAAAGAAUGGGGUCCAAAUACCGCAAGGCCGCAAAACAAGGAAGAAUUGUUUAAUUUGAGACACAGUAAGGCUCGUAACGUCAUAGAGCGAGCAUUUGGCAUUUUAAAGAUGAGGUUGGGUAUUCUUCGGUCCCCAUCCUUUUACCCAAUACGGGUUCAAAAUCGACUAAUUAUGGCUGCCUUUCUACUUAACAAUUUUAUUCGAAUGGAGAUGCCAACCGACCCAAUUGAACAACAACUUGAAUCAAUGGUUGAAGAUAGUGGCUUCGGUUUAGAUGUAGAAAAUGAUGAGUUCGUAGAUACCGUUGAGUGUUCUCCCCAAUGGAACGCAUCGAGGAAUGCAUUAGCCGAAUCUAUGUGGGCACAUUACUUGAACAAUAAUUAGGAUGGACGCCGCUUCCGUUGUAUCAACACCAACCCCUCCAUGUAGCUGUGGUAAUGGCAAUAUGAAGUUGAAGUGCGCUGGUUAUGGUUCGCGGAACCCCGGGCGAUUCUACUACAAAUGUCCGUUGGGCGGUGGUCACGACAAAGAUUUCUAUUGGUAUGACGAAUACCAUGGCCUUGGAACACGAAGGAUGUCUCAUGCUACUGGAUCUGCCCACUAUAGUACUGUGCAACAGCCCCUGCCAUCUAGUCGCAUAGCACCAAAUGUGUAUGUUACUGCAGCAGACUUGGACUCUCCCCGUGGGUACAUGGCUGUCCUCAGUGUCGUGAUUUGUCUAACUGUAGCUGUACUUUUUCUUGGUAUUGCCAUAGGUAAGUUAAUGUGAGGGGGAGAUGGGGAUAUUUGAGGAAGCCUCCUUUUGAUUUGAUCACGAAUCUUGGUUGUGUUUUGUUAGUACUAAAUUGAUGUAUUCAUGUUUUCUGUUUAUUAUUGUGCGAUGACAUUUUGAUGUGACAACUAUAUUUGGUUGA